UGGAUCUUCAAUCCGCCAAACUCUUCCCACAUUGGAGGAGUGUGGGAAAGACUAAUUGGCAUCACUCGCCGUAUCCUGGAUGCAUUGCUCCUUAAGGAGGGAGGCUCUCACCUUUCUCAUGAGGUGCUCACCACUCUCAUGGCUGAGGUCAUGGCAAUUAUAAACGCAAGACCUCUCAUUCCAGUUUCAACUAAACCAGAGAUGCCAGCAAUACUAACACCUGCAACCUUGCUGACACUGAAGAGAGACGUCAUAUCUGCACCGCCAGGAGACUUCAACGUGAAAGACAUCCACUCACAACAAUGGCGGCAAGUCCAAUCUCUCUCUGAUAGAUCCGGGAAGCGAUGGAAACAAGAAUACCUGUCAACCAUACAAACUAGGAGAAAAUGGUAUGCAGAAAGGCCUAACCUGCAAAUUGGAGACCUAGUACUACUGAAAGACGGCCAGGUGAGAAGAAAUGAAUGUCCCACUGGACUCAUCGUCAAGUCUAUCAACAGCCAUGACAACAAAGUAAGAAAAGUAGAUGUUAAGAUCAUCCGACAAGGUACUCCAAUAAUCUACACUAGACCUGUUUCAGAGGUUGUGUUGCUCCUUCGUAAAGAGACUGUAUAGUGGUAUAAA